UUGAAGAUUUAAAUAAAACUGAUUCUUAUGUUGCUCCGCUGGUAGAUACAUUGAAUGAUUUCUUUAAUGAUUUAGAGGAAAAGAUUCCAACUGAAGCUAUUUUAAGCGAAAAUGAUAUUAUAAAGUUAAUUUGGGAGGAAAUGGAAAAAGUUGAUGAAAAUAAUGAAUCCAAAGAGGAAUCAAUGCUUAUUUCUUUUGGGGAUGCAGUAAAAUCCUUAACAAAUUGGAUUACCUUUUUCGAACAACAGCAAUUGGAUGAAUUCAAAACAGAGGACAUAGAUGUUUUUAAAAAAUAUUUGUUUUUAACUCAGCAACUUGAAUGA